GCGUGGAUUGGCUCGCGGCGCCUCUGCCCGCCCCUCCGCGGCGCUCAUUGGCUGGGGCAGCGUCCGCUGGCUGAGAGGGACGCCCCGCCUUCAUGCCGGCCUUCAAGAGGGCGACGAGGAAGCGGCCACCUCCCUGCGCCCCGCCCCUCCGGCUUGCUCUGUGGCUCCUGCGGCUCCUCCCGGCUCCUCCCGGCUCCUCUCUGCCCUCUCCCGGCUUCCUGCGGCUCCGGCUUGGGCUUGGCGGCGGCGGUGGUGCAGAAUGGCGGACCUCAGUCUUGUAGAUGCAUUGACAGAGCCACCUCCAGAGAUUGAGGGAGAGAUAAAGCGAGACUUCAUUGCCACACUGGAGGCGGAGCCCUAUGAUGACACUGUGGGAGAAACUGUGGAGAAGACUGAGUAUAUUCCUCUUAUGGAUGGUGACGAGAAAGCUGGGAACCCAGAGUCCAAAAAGAAACCAUGCUCAGACACUAGCCAGGUUGAAGGUAUUUCAUCUUCUAAACCAACACUUCUAGCCAAUGGUGAUCAUGGGAUGGAAGGGAAUAACACUACAGGAUCUCCUACUGACUUCCUUGAAGAGAAAAUGGCCUACCAGGAAUAUCAGAACAGCCAGAACUGGCCACAAGAUGCAAGCUUUUGUUCCCAGCCUCAGCAAGUGUUAGGUACUAACCAGGCUGGUCCCUUUAAGGUGCACCAUGAUGGUGACCUGGCAGAUCUGCUCUUUGUCUCCAGCGGGUCCACAAGUGCUUCAGCAUUUAGAGGGCAAAGCGACCCCCUGGGAGACAGUCACGGUAUGCUUCCCGGUGACUCAUUUGCUCCCACAGCCGUUGUAUCUCAGGAGUGGUCUGUGGAAGCCUCAAAUUCUCCACACUCAGAGUCCUUCGUUUCUCCAGAAGUUAUAGAAAGCCUUCAGCCCGCAGCAGAGCUAUCCAAGGAAAUAGAAGUGGAAUCAGUAAAAGAGCAGCUGCCAACUGAAGCACUGGAAAUGAUGGCAGAAGAGAUGACGACUGCGGUGCCAUCUCGAGAAGCAGAGGUAUCUCCAUCCACAGACAUGACACCAGGCACAGAAACAGCAGUGACAUUUUCUAAAGACCCAGAAGAGAACACCAAACCAGAUGUGAUUCUGUCAGAUGUUACACAACCAUCCAUUGAAUCAGAUAUGUUCCUGGCUGAGGACAUGGAACUGCAUGUAGAAACAGAGGUGGCCCCAAUUAAGGGGCCGACAGAAGCAGAUGUAUCUUUGACCAAGGAUGUGGCACCUCCUACAGAAAUUGAAAUGGUCCCAGGCAAGGAUGUGACACUGCCCAAAGAAACAGAGAUGGCACUUCCAAUAAAAAGGGACUUGGUACCAUCUGAGGAUGUGGUUCUUCCCAAAGAAACAGAGCUAGCACCAGUCAAGGCCAUGGUUCCACCCUCAGAAAUAGAGGUGGCACUGGCAAAGGAUGCUGCGUCCUCUGUGGAAACGCCUUCGGCUGAGGAGAUGGACCUGGUAUCAGAAGCAGAGGUGGGCCUUGCAAAGGACUUGGCACUGCCCUCAGACACCCUGAUGAUCUUGACAAAGGAUGUAACUUUGCCCUUAGAAACGGAGGGAUCUCUGGUUAAAGGCAUGACUCCAUCUCUGGAAACUGAAAUAGCCAUGAAUAAGGAUAUAGCUCCACCCCCUGAAACAAAAUUGGACAUGGUGAGAGAUACGACUCCAUUCCCAGAAUCAGAAGUGCCUCUGGGCAAGGAAGUGGUUAUACUUACAGAAACAAAGGUGACUGAGUUCAACAAUGUGACCCCACUUUCAGAAAAAGAGGUAGCCUUAGGCAAGGACAUGUCUCUACCUCCAGAAACAGAGGCUCCCCUGCUUGAGGAUGCCAUUUGGCCUUCGGAAACCCAGAUGACCCUGGACAACAGUGUGACUCCAGCCAAGGAUGUUACACUACCCUCGGAAACAGAAGUAGCAACAGCUCAAAUUAAAGACAAGGAAAAUGCACAGACCCAAGAAGAACCAAAUGAAGACUCCCAGUUAGAAUUUGUCCAGCACACGGGACAGUCAGUAGCACCUCCUUGUAUGAUUCUACCAGAACCAGUCAAAGCUGCAGACCAAAAAUCAAACUUGCCAAUAGAUGAAGGUUCUCUGUUAGAGGAUUUAGAGCAAAAGGAAACAUCUGGCAGUCAUCCUUGUGAACUUUCUUCAGGUACCUCUCCUUCACGAGGUAAACACGUUUACAGACCCGGUGACCGCAGGCCAGCCCAGGCCAGGCCUGCCAGGGUCCCUCCUGAGCUGCUGGAAGGUUCUCUUUCAUGGAAGACUCCUGAUCCUAGGCUGGGCCCCUACCCUUUGCCUGAGUUGGGUUUGUUCUCUGGUUCAUCUUCUUGUGGUGAGCAUGGGAACCAAAGGAAAAGUAUUUAUGCUGAAUCCCUAGUGUCCCAGAGAGAUCAUGGCAGGGAGGCCAGGGAUAUAGAAAACAUGCCUAUGAUAAUGAGGAAAAAGAAAAAGAAAUCAAAGCAAAAGAGAUAUCCUCAGUCACGAGCUGGGGGACCUUGGGAUCACAAUGCAGACAAGCCCAAAGAUCAUCCUGUUCUUGGGCCCUUGAAGUCAGAUGUUGAUCCUGGCCAACCAACUACUGUGGGCACAGAAUAUGGCCUUGUAGCCAGAGAAGUUUUGAAAUUUGACUGUGCGGAAAGUCACAGCAUUACUUCAUGUCCAGAAAAACCUACAGAGACUGUUGUAAAUGCUCAGCUCAAGCUGAGAGUAGAGGAAAACCACAGAGGGAUCAGCUCAGUGCCAGAGAAUCAAGAUGCGAGCAGGGCGGUGGACCCAUCCAGUUUUGAAGGGUCUCCAAUGGGCAGUGCUGCACACAAAGGAGCAACUCGGCUAGGAAGUUGUUCCCCCAUAGUGGGUCAAGAGAUUAUGGAUAGAGUUUCAGAACCUACAACAGAAAAAGUACUAUCAAAUUUGACCCUCACUUCAACAGAGCACAGUCCGUCAAAAGACCAUCUAAAAGAAGGGAGUGGGGAAAGUCAAAUGAGUGAAGUGCAGGGGUUUGCUGCUGGAGCUGAUGAUGUUAGAGAACUAAAACCAGAGACAUCCCCUCAGCAGAAAGAAACAACCAGCCUGUCUGCUUCUAAGGAGCUGAAAGACCAAGAGUUAAUUCAGGCUCCUGUGCUAGAGACUGAGCCAUUUAAGAGAAAGAUAGGUGACAGCAAAAACAGAAAGGGAAGGGGUCCUGGGAAAGUCAAAGAAGGCUCUGGGAAGUUAGGAAACAAAUCUGAGGUGUCAUUCCUUCCGAACAGUGUGAAGGAGCAGAGAGCUGUUACUAUGCCACAUGAGCCAGUCCCUGAACCUAAAAUAGUGAGUAUUGAGGCUCCAAGAAGAGGGCUAGGCUUGGAUUCCUCAGAGCAACCAGAGGCUAUUUCUGAUCUCACUGAGUCAGUGGUGAGGGUGUCCGAAGACAUGGCUGAUGCUGGUGUGGGAAGCACCGUACAGCCAUUGAUUUCUAUGGAAACUGGGUCAAGCUUGACUCAGACUUCGGAGGCUAGUUCAGAAAGAAGAGCUGAGGUUAAAAACCAGAGCAAGGAAGGGAGGUGUCCUGGGAUGGAUUAUGAGUCAACUCCCUGGAUUUCCGCAAAGACCAAAAAGAGAGACAAUGAAGGCAAAAACAAAAAGUUUAAAAAUAAUUACCCUGUACAGCCUCGCAAAAUGGAGGACAAGGAGGAAGUCAUCUGCCCGCCUUGUCUAAAGGAGAGUGAUGAUGGUGAUAUAGCCCUUAACCACAGGGAGUUAGGCCAGACUUUCCCUAAAGUACACGAUUCUUUGUUCUCACACACAUCUCACACAUCCACAGUGGAAGUUGCCGACAAAAAGAGUAAGAAUGUUGAGUCUAAUUCUGUUGAACCUGGGGCUCUUGUGGGAAAUAAGACAAACUCAGUCCAAGGUUCUAUUGUUACUAUUGAACCAGCUGCCAAGGUAUCAGAUGGGAGCCCCCAAGACCCAAUCUGUGGGGCAGGAUUUGUUCCCUCAAAAGAACCCGAGGAAAACAAGACACGUGUAGCCAAGGGACACACUGCAGUGGCUGACAAACCUAAUAAAAGGAGCAAUGAUGGGAAGUGUAAAAAAGUUAAAAAUAGUUUUCCCGAGAAGCACAUUUUGGAGAUUAAGACAGAUACAACAAAAAUACACAUUCCCAUGGAAACCACAGCAAACUGUAGAACUGAAGGAAUGGGGUAUAUGGAUGAAAAUAGAAAUAUUACCUUUACUUCUGGGAUAACACCAACAGGGCUGAUGAGUAAGUCAGCUCCUCCAGAGGUAAUGGAAUCAGCAGGCUGUGAAACACUGCCCUGCCCUACUCCUCAAGUAGUAAAGGAAGAUGAUUCUUUCCCUGACACCUCCAGAAAAAGUGGGCAGGAGAGAUUCCUAGCCCAGAACUCCAGCUUAUUAGUACAGGAUACUUACAGCAAAGAUGGAGUCCCAGGUCAAGAAAGAUACAAAGCUCCCUCUGCUGCUGUGCCCUCUGCUAGCACUGAAGGAGUUCCUGGGACUUCUACAGGAGCCCAAGGAAAGUCUAACAGUCAUGGAGACCAUUCUCUUAAGAACAAUGGCGAGUUUUCAGAUUGCGGGAAGAAUGAAAUAGGGGUAAUCCCCGAAAGGCAUGAGGCAGGAGAAUCAGAGCCAGAGCAGCACGGGUCCUCUGAGCAUUCAGCAGGGCCUGCCACAGAGCCAGUUGAAGGGCACGUCCCGCCUAGUGUGCCCACAGAAAGCCAGAACCUGCCACGAGAGCUGAGAGGCCUAGAAGCACAUGCAGGUAGUGCUGGUUUGCCAGCAUCUCUAGUGAAGGAAGAGAAGAGAACUGAGAAACACCCUGCCCCAGUUCAAAACCCCAACCCUCUGAGAAGUAAAACACCGAAAUUUAGUUUGUCUGAGGACCAAAAUGAGAGAGAUUCCAAGGGCUCAGAUAGUUUAGGUAAGAAGGUAGAUACCAUUCUCUUGCCUCCAGAAAAUGAAAAGGAUAAAUUAAAAGAAACCAGUUUGUCUUGUGAAGUCAGGCAAUUGGAGUGUGUUGCUGUGCCAACAACAGAACAGUCUGACUUCUCAUGUGGCAGUGUGGAGGGUGAAGAUAAAUUAGUAGUAACUGCUUACAAGGAUCCCCAAGUUCCACAGUUCAAAGAUGACGAGAUUGAAGCUCCUCAGAUGAUGGGCAUAUCUGAGCUGAAGCUGUUGAGUGAAAGGAAGAAGGAAGAUGAAAGCAAGAUGACAGAGCCAGUGAAAGGCUACAUGAGACCCACCAAGUCUCGAGGACUUACCACACUUUUGCCAAAGUCUGCAAGCCAGGAAAGAGAUAAAUCGAAGCUGCUCAAGUCCAGUGGUAUGACCUUGCCGCAAGAAGAAAAGACUGCUGUGGGUGUGACAGGAAAUGACAUCUCUACCCCACCAAACAAGGAACUCCCACCAAGCCCAGAAAAGAAAGCAAAGCCUUUGGCCACCACUCAGCCUGCCAAGACUUCAACAUCGAAAGUCAAAACACAGUCCACUUCUCUCCCUAAGCAGCCAGCUCCCACCACUUCUGGUGGGUUGAAUAAAAAACCCAUGAGCCUCGCUUCAGGCUCAGUGCCAGCCACCCCACCCAAACGCCCUGCUGCUGCCACUGCUACUGCCAGGCCUUCCUCCCUACCUGCAAGAGACGUGAAACCAAAGCCAGUUACAGAGGCUAAGACUCCUGAAAAGCGGACCUCACCCUCCAAACCUGCAUCCACUUCAGCCCUCAGACCUGGACCUAAAACCACCCCAACUGUCCCUAAAACCACAUCUCCCUCAACUGGGCCAAGCAGUAGAAGUCCUGCCACGCCUUUGCCGAAAAGGCCUACCUCCUCUAAGACUGAGGGGAAACCUGCUGAUGUCAAAAGGAUGACUGCUAAGUCUGUACCAGCGGACUUGAGUCGUUCAAAGACCACCUCUACCAGUUCUGUGAAGAGGAACACCACUCCCACUGGGGCAGCACCCCCAGCAGGGAUGACAUCCACUCGAGUCAAGCCCACAUCUGCACCUGCCCGGCCUUCUGUGGACAAGAAGCCUACCUUAGCUAAGCCUAGUUCCUCUGCACCCAGGCUGAGCCGCCUGGCUACCACUGCCUCUGCCCCGGAUCUGAAGAAUGUUCGCUCCAAGAUUGGCUCUACAGAAAAUAUCAAGCACCAGCCUGGAGGGGGCCGGGUCCAGAUAGUCUCCAAAAAAGUGAGCUACAGCCAUAUUCAAUCCAAGUGUGGUUCCAAGGACAAUAUUAAGCAUGUCCCUGGAGGUGGCAAUGUUCAGAUUCAAAACAAGAAAGUGGACAUCUCCAAGGUCUCCUCCAAGUGUGGGUCCAAAGCAAAUAUCAAGCACAAGCCUGGUGGAGGAGAUGUCAAAAUUGAAAGUCAGAAGCUGAACUUCAAGGAGAAGGCCCAAGCCAAAGUGGGAUCCCUCGAUAACGUGGGCCACCUGCCUGCAGGAGGUGCCGUGAAGACUGAGGGCGGUGGCAGUGAGGCCCCUCCGUGUCCGGGCCCCCCUGCUGGGGAGGAGCCCGACGUCCUUGAGGCUGCGCCUGACGCUGGCGCCCCUACUUCAGCCAGUGGCCUCAGUGGCCACACCACCCUGUCAGGGGGUGGUGACCAAAGGGAGCCCCAGACCUUGGACAGCCAGAUCCAGGAGACAAGCAUCUAAUGAUGACAUUCUGGUCUCGUCUUCCAUCUCCCCUGUGUUCCCUUUCUUGUCUUCCCCUUGUUGCCCUCCCCCAUCCCUCCUCACGUGUCACUGCAGAUUGAGACCUACAGGCUGACGUUCCGGGCAAAUGCCAGGGCCCGCACCGACCAUGGGGCUGACAUUGUCUCCCGGCCUCCCCACUUCCCUGGCUGCCCAAGCUUGGGGUCCCGGGCCCUGGGCUCCCUUUCCCGGGCUGUCUAC